UUUGUUUUUCCCUUCCCUCAAAUUUUGAACAUUAUGAACAGCUCCUUAGGAUUGUGGGGUUGUCAGAGAAGUAGAGCUGUGGGUUAAAACAUUAUCUUUGUUCUGCAGCUGACCUAUUGAACCAGUUUAGGAAGGUCAUUUCACCCUGUAAGCUUUACUUCUGUCAUCUGAGAACUAGAGAGAAUGAUAAAUAUUUGUAGAUGACCUGGAGUAUUUUUAAUGCCUACCUUUCAAUUCUUACAUAACUUAUAUUUCAGUCAGUGAUUCUGCUUAUCUGACACAGCACAAAACUCAAAAAUGCCUUGUCAGUGGGCACUCAGAGAUCUGGCAGCUGUCUUGGGUAUUGCAGACUUCCACUAUUCUUUGUACAAAGCAACAAAAUAAAGCAUACACAUACCUGGAGGCUUUGCCAUCCUACCACAAACACCAAAACCCUGUUUUACAGCAGGAACAUUAGAGUUCAAGGAACAGGAGUCUGAGCAGUAAAGAACUCAGGCUUGCUAUACCGAAGUUCCCAGUGAACUUUGGCUAGAAAAUACACUUCAGUAUUACCACUGCAUCAGUAAUUUCUUUUUUAUCCCUAUAAGAACAUGAAAAACAUGUUUUCUACAGUUGUCUGAAGAAAUCAUGUUGAGUGAUUAGAGAAUUUUCUGCUUGACAUCCAGACUUAAUAUGAAAUGCUAUGCACGGUUUCCAGUAUUAAAGAAGAGCUCUGCCUCAUCUAUUGAAGGAAGCCAGCAGUAGUAAAGUGAGCCAUUUCAUAAAUGCAUAUGUUAUUUAGAAGUUGAGGAAUCUCUGAUUAAUUUCUCAUCCUGUAAAAUAAUGGUCUCUGUCAACCUUGGUGAUAAAUCCAAUCCUUGCUUUAUUUAUAGGUCAAAAAAUACACACUUUUGUUUUGUUUUGUUUUUCCACCACACUGCCUUUUAAUUUGGAAGGUGAGAUUAAAUUUAUGAUUGAGUAGUUAACCUAGUGUUUCAGAUCUAUGUAUUACUUUUCAUAUUGAAGGAUCUUAAGAUCCUUUGCAAACUAGGUACACGCAGCAAAGCCAGUACCAUUCCAAGAAUGCUUUCUCCAUAUAAACCUUUCUAUUGUCACUGAUAAAGAUGUAUUUAUUACCUUUAUUUAGCGGUUUCUCUGCUGGCUGUUUCUUAUGCGUCUGCCAGUUACCGGUGAAUAUCGUGCUCCAUUGAAAUAAUUAAUUAUGGAUUUGGUUCUGGUUUUGUCAUAUAUUUUGAUAACUUUUUUUUUUCUGUUAUUUUCACCUAGGUUUGCUUGAUAAGUUUGAAAGGAGUCACUUGGUCAUACCUCUUUGCUACAUGUUGUAGAUGUUGAGGAAAGCAUUCCCUUACAAGUGAUUGUUUUGACUUAAAUGUGAAUUGUCUGUUAGGUGGUUGAAUUUCCAAAAUUAUUUUGAAAUCGUUGUUUAUAUUUUGAUGUCCAUAUUCUGUUUUCAGUUUGUUUAUGUAAUUGUUGGCAUAACGUUUAUGUACUUGAAUUUAAUGUUGCAUAAACUUGAAAAGGUCAAUGCAUGACUAAGAAGAUCUCAAAAUUUAUAAUAAUUCAUUGCCUUAGUAUACAUUUGGAAAAAGUCCUAAAGUAGAACAUAUAUACUGCAUUUAACCCACUCUAAACCAGCCUUUUAUAUAUCUGUUAGAGGGUUAAAAAAUGAAAAACUAAACCAGGAUGUCUUAGAUCUGCCUAUUAGGGAAAAAGCGUCUUAGUGUGGGGUGAUGAAUUAGCAUGCAUCAGCUCCUUCUGAGUAGCUGUAGGUGUCCAGUAAGUGUAAGGUAACUCACUGAGUGUGUGGCAGAAUAGCUGCAUUCUCACUGCAGAUGCCAGUGUGUGGGCUCCAGGUCUUCUCAGAGUUUUUGUGUUAGUCACCCCAACUGUCAAUGCCUACUCAUAGCUGUGGAGCCAAAGGAGUCUUUUUCAGCCAUAUAAUUUUCUUGUGUGAGAUUAGCCACAGAAAUGGGCUAAAAAAAAAUGUUUUCACCUUGCCACCCUGGUGGGCUGCCUAGGAUCAGUGGAUAACCAUGAGCAGGGACCACUACCAUAAAGCAGAUGUUCUCCAUGGACUUUAUGCAUAAUUUCUUAUAUAUGGAUCUUCACCCUGAACUAUAAGAGAGAAAACUUUCUAGGAAGCACAGUCCUCUAUGAAAGACCAAAACACCUGACCUUCGGCCAGGAUAAAAGCAUAUGAAUGGACUAAUUACCAGCAGAGCACUUUGUUUCAAAAUGUCUGACCAGAAAAAUAUUGUACACAGAGCCCAUUGUAUUGAAAAACUACUGUCUGAGAACACUUUCCAAGAUAUUGAGGAUCAUCUUAAAGAACUUGAAGAUGUCAAUAUGACUACAGAGUAUCUUCAGGGAACGGGAGUUGCCAAGGCUGUAUACAGAGUACUCAAGAGCUGCCCUUCAGCAGAGUUAAAAAAGAAAGCAAAGCAGUUACUGUCAAGGUGGAAAGCACUUUACAAAAAUAACUGUGUUCAAUCAAUCCAAGUUAAAAAGUCAGAUUUUGUGUAUGUGAAAAAGGAAAUUGAAUAUCUUAGCGUGGUUCCUAGAGAACAAUCACUGUCUGAAGGACCAUGUCAGCAGGAGGCAUUAGAUGCUUCUAGUUCUAAAAUGUUGGUCCCGUCACAAACUGUUAAAAAUGUAGUACGUAACGAGGCAGAAGGCAGCAUGAAUCAGCUUUCUUCUUCUGAGGAACAUCACACUGAUAGUGAAGAUUCUAAACCUCUUCUUAACCAAGCAAGUCCGCAGCAGGAUCCAGUAAGAGCUCUGAGAUGUAAAUGUACGGAUCUUCUUUAUAAAUCUUUGACUGGUUCUGCCAAAGACAAAGAAGAAACUGAUAAAUGGCUAGAGCUAGCUAAAGAAAUCGAAGAACGUAUUUUUGAUCUUCAUGCUAAAAAUGACAAAAAGUAUAAAAAUUGCAUCAGAAGCAAAAUCGCUAACCUGAAGAACCCUAAAAGUUGCCACUUAAAACAUAACCUUUUUUCAGGGACUUUGAGUCCAAAGGCUUUUGCUGAGAUGACAGUGAUGGAAAUGGCCAGCGAUGAACUGAAACAGCUGAGGGCUCUGUACACUGAAUCAUCUGUUCAAGAACAUCAGCUUCCACAAGUUAUUAAUGGCACACAGACAAACAAAAUAAAGUGUAGGCGUUGUGAAAAAUUUGAUUGCACUGUCACUAUGAUCACCAGAGGAACUCUCUUUCUUCCAGGUUGGGUGAGAAACACAAAUCCAGAUGAACAAAUGUUGACUUAUGUUAUUUGUAAUGAAUGUGGAGAACAGUGGUAUCACAGCAGAUGGAUUUGUUUGUAAUGCCAUCCCUCUUUAAUAAGCAGUUUAGAAACAGAUGUGAGAUGGUAUCUCAGUUGAAACUGUGUAAUUUAAAAUUUUUUUAUUGAUACUAUGUAGAUACUGCCAGUAAAAAGUGAAGAAACAGGUUUUAAAAGUUGCUAAGUUAUUUUUGAAGAUUACUUGAAUAAAUCUAUGUGGUUUUAAGUAAUGUCAAUAUGUAAAGAAAUAAAGAAUGUAAUAGUGUAUCUGAGAGUGGAAUAUUCACUGGUAAAUCCAUUAAAAAUAUUCCAGGUGCUGCAGGUUUUUUCCAUAGAUGCUGAGUACAUGUGAUUUUCAUUGUCUUCAGCAGGAGUUCUUUCACAGAAGGUAAGUUUCAUUUACAAUCAACAAAC